UCUAUUAUCUCCAACCUCACAAAAAACUUAGAGAAAAAUGAGGUUUUGGAUACUAGUUUUGUUCUCAAUCCUCUCCUUCUCCCUCGUCGCCUUGGCUCAACAAUGCGAUAGCCAAGCUGGAGGAAAACUAUGUGUCGGAGGGUUGUGUUGUAGCCAAUAUGGCUACUGUGGCAACACCUCGCCGUAUUGCUCUACUGGCUGCCAGAGCCAAUGUAGCCCUGGCGGUGGAGGAUCCCCGUCCACUCCAUCUACACCAACACCGACCCCGAGUGGAGGUGAUAUUAGCUCUAUCAUUAGCAGGACCCUCUUUCAUCAGAUGUUGAAGCACCGUAACGAUGCCAAUUGCCCCGGUAAAGGGUUUUACACUUAUGAUGCUUUCAUAGCUGCUGCCAAGGCUUUUGGAGGUUUUGGAACCACUGGAGAUACUGUGACUCGCAAAAGAGAGAUUGCGGCCUUUCUAGGCCAAACUUCACAUGAAACUACAGGUGGGUGGCCAACUGCACCGGAUGGCCCAUAUGCAUGGGGAUAUUGCUUUGUUAAGGAACAAGGGAACCCUGGGGACUAUUGUGUUGCAAGUCAACAAUGGCCGUGUGCUCCUGGUAAAAAAUAUUAUGGUCGAGGUCCCAUUCAAAUUUCAUACAACUACAACUAUGGUCAAGCAGGAAAAGCCAUAGGGUAUGAUCUGAUAAACAACCCAGAUGCAGUUGCAACUGACCCAACCACAUCUUUCAAGACAGCAUUGUGGUUCUGGAUGACGCCGCAAUCACCAAAACCCUCUUGCCACAGUGUCAUCACCGGCCAAUGGACUCCGUCUAGUGCUGACAGAGCAGCCGGUCGACUCCCUGGCUAUGGUGUCAUCACCAACAUCAUCAAUGGAGGAAUCGAAUGUGGAAAAGGCUCUGUUUCACAGCAAGAGGACCGAAUUGGGUUCUAUAAGAGAUACAGUGACAUAUUUGGAGUAGGCUAUGGUAGCAAUCUUGACUGCAAUAACCAAAGGCCUUUUGCAUAGGCACCUUUAUGGUUUUACUUCAGUCUCGUUUUGGAAUAAGUUGAUGUGAAAUAAUGUUUGGCGGAGCUAUGAUCAGCCAAAUUGGGAUCUAUCUAACCUAAUACAUAUUAUUAAGAAAUAAAGAAUCUACUGCCGCUCAAUUAAGUGAUUAUUUGUCA